AUGCAGGCCCAACAUGCAACUUUUCCGUCCAUUGUAGGUAAAGCAGCCACGUCUCUGCCUUGGGUCAUUCUUGGAGGGUUAGUCCCUAUUGUUCUUGGCGCCUUCAUUCCCAAAUGGAGCACAAGGGCGAUUGUCACAGGAGUUGUGACUUGUGUGUUGAAGAUGUUGUUUGGCAUCCUUUGGACGCUCAACUACAAGAUCCCGAAGUGGCAUGGAUUUGCUAUAGUAUGCAUGGGCAUUGUAGGUAUUGCCCUAGCAGCAGGUGCUCCGGAUCUCCUCGGCUUGAUAGCAAAAACAGAGAAGAAGGGAGAUCUCGGCACUUGUUCCUAA